CAUCCUGAAGAGCGCGAUUGUGACACCGCCAAGUACCACCACAGGAGGGAUCAGUCUUGAACCUGGGUGCAAGCCUGUCUCCCCUAUAACGACACGCGACGAACUCGAACCGACGGUACGAUGAAGAUCGGUUUGUUAGGAUUGAUCUGCAUCCUCCUUAUCGUGGGAGAGCGGGUCCUGGGCAGUCCCUACUUCGACGACGAAGAAGAAGGUCUACCAGUCGACUCGGAUUACUCCGAGAACGCGUUGGAACAUCUAAUGCGAGCGGCGCAACAAAAACGGUCUUCGUUGAUCUAUCUGUUCAGGCGAGCGUGCGUGCCUCGCGGUGGGAACUGUGAUCAUCGGCCAAACGACUGCUGCUACAACUCAAGCUGCCGCUGCAACCUCUGGGGUUCGAAUUGCCGAUGUCAACGUAUGGGCCUGUUCCAGAAAUGGGGAUAAGCCGGCCGUCAGCCUCGCUGUCCUCUUCCAGGAUAAUCCGACCGCCCGUACCAGCCUCAUUCUCACCCUCGCACUUAUUCACUUCACCCCUCGCCUUCAUUUAUUCACACUUAGCCCUGCGCACAGUCUCAGAAUCAGCUUCAGCAUCUGUAUCUGGACUCUUCACCAGCCUCUCCAAUCUCUCUUUUCGGUCCCACCAACUUUCACCAACUUGACUUCAUCGUAAUUCUCUCAAAUGUAUUUUAUCCUUCGGAUUGAGUUAACCACCCCUCAUCCACCACCCCUCUCUUCUUCCUCAUAACGGUAAUAUACCCCUCGCCUAACGCCGAGACGACUCCUUAUCUCCUUUUCUAUGAGGGAAGAGCUGCAUUCUGAUUGAGGAUACUUCCAGCCACUUCCCUUAAUCAGAGCGUUACGACUCUUCCCGUUUCUCUUCGACUGGACGAUACGGUCGUGGUCAUCCUCGUGAUCGUGAGUACGGAAAACGUCUGGAAGGAAGAGAAGGAAGACGAUGAUAGGAGGACCAGAAUGACGAGGACAAUGACCAAGGGAAUGGCAGUGAACAAAAAGGGGAUUGAUACGAGUAUAGCUAAAGUCCAAGAACACAAUUAGAAUUCGAAUAUUGUCUUGUAAUUGAUAACGAGGAAUAGUCGUUGAAGAAGUAUAGGAAAAGAAAAAAGAAGAAAAAAGAUAAAGAAUCGACCGCGAGAGUCGUACUAUUUUAAAGUCUGCAUUAAAUAUAUCCGUAUACCUCUUAAUGUUACAGUACCAUGUACCUAUAGACAUUAAUAACAUACAUAACACAAUUACAUAAUAUAUUAUAAAUGUUAUACAUUAUAUCCAAUCGAUGGAUGUACUUACACACGUAACUAUGUAAUACCAAUGAAAAUAUAUGUAUGUAUAAUUGGCCUAUGGAAGAAAGGA